CUUGCGCACCUUGCAAUAAUCAGCAGUCAUAUGGGUACCUCUGUAAAGUACCGUCGAUAGUAGCCAUCGGCCCACGAAUUCUGUAUAAGAAGGCCUGUACAUCCCUCAAACAUUUUCGACAUCCAACAACAGACUUUCACUCAGGAAGCCACAAUGUACAGGACACUCGCCCUCACCUCGCUUUCGCUCUUCGGAGCCGCCCGCGCUCAGCAGGUUGGCACAUCGACAACAGAGACACACCCCAAGAUGACAUGGCAGACUUGCACUGGUACCGGUGGAAACAGCUGCACCACCAAGCAGGGUUCCAUUGUGCUCGAUGCCAACUGGCGAUGGUCUCAUGUCACCAGUGGGUACACCAACUGCUACGACGGCAACUCCUGGAACACGACCGCUUGCCCUGACGGCAGCACUUGCACCAAGAACUGCGCUAUCGACGGUGCUGACUACUCUGGCACUUACGGUAUCAAGACCAGCAGCAACUCUUUGAGCCUCCAGUUCGUCACCAAGGGCUCUUACUCUGCAAACAUUGGUUCUCGCACCUACCUCAUGGAGAGCGACACCAAGUACCAGAUGUUCAACCUCAUCGGAAAGGAGUUCACCUUCGAUGUCGAUGUCUCCAAGCUACCCUGCGGUCUGAACGGUGCUCUCUACUUUGUCGAGAUGGCCGCCGACGGUGGCAUCAACAAGGGCAACAACAAGGCUGGUGCCAAGUACGGAACCGGAUACUGCGACUCGCAGUGCCCCCACGACAUCAAGUUCAUCAACGGUGUAGCCAACGUUGAGGGCUGGAACCCGUCCGACGCCGACCCCAACGCUGGCUCAGGCAAGAUCGGUGCUUGCUGCCCCGAGAUGGACAUCUGGGAGGCCAACUCCAUCUCCACUGCCUACACUCCCCAUCCCUGCAAGGGCACUGGUCUUCAGGAGUGCACUGACGCAGUCAGCUGCGGUGACGGCGACAACCGCUACGGCGGACUUUGCGACAAGGACGGUUGCGACUUCAACAGCUACCGCAUGGGCGUCAAGGACUUCUACGGCCCCGGCAUGACUCUCGACACCACCAAGAAGAUGACCGUUGUCACUCAGUUCAUCGGCUCCGGCUCCAGCCUCUCUGAGAUCAAGCGCUUCUACAUCCAGGGCGGAAAGGUUUUCAAGAACUCCGACUCCGCUAUUGAGGGCGUCUCUGGUAACUCCAUCACCGAGUCUUUCUGUGAAGCGCAGAAGACCACUUUCGGUGACACAAACUCCUUCAAGACCCUCGGUGGCCUCAACGGAAUGGGUGCCUCGCUUGCUCGCGGACACGUCCUCGUCAUGUCCCUCUGGGACGACCAUGCGGUCAACAUGCUUUGGCUCGACUCUACCUACCCCACCGAUGCUAGCCCAGACAAGCUUGGUGCUGCCCGUGGUACCUGCGCUACCGACUCUGGCAAGCCCGAAGACGUUGAGGCAAACUCGCCCGGCGCCACUGUCGUCUUCUCCAACAUCAAGUUUGGCCCCAUUGGCUCUACUUUCGCCCAGCCCGCAUAAGCGCUCUAUGAGGUUGUUGGAUAAGAUGCUGGAAAGGGACCAGAACUCGGUACUGUAAGAGCUCGUGGAUUCUUUCCGGCUGUCCUCUCGCUUGGCUUCGCAAUUGUAUAUACUUGUGGUGGAUAUAGAAGUGUGCAUAUAGAGACAAAUUGAC